GGCAGCACUGAUAGGUGACAUUGAUAGGUGGCACUGACUGGCACUGAUGGGUGACACUGAAAGGCAGCUCAGAUGCCACUGAUAUGUGGCAUUGAUGUGGCACUGAAAUGUGGCACUGAUGGGCACUGGCAGGUGGCAUGGAUGAGCACUGAGAGCUGGCACUGAUGGACACUGACAGGUGGCACUGCUGGGGCUACACAGAUCAUCAGGGCACACUGAUCAUCAGUGCCCUGAUGAUCACUGUCAGCGUGAAAGCUCAUGGCGAGAGAAAU